ACUUUAGGAAAUAAUUUAACUCAAAAUGGUUUUCAAAAGAAGACUGUCAAGAUCAAGUGGUAACGAUACCCUGACAAAAGAGGAGUCCAUCUCAGAAGACAAGAUGCAGCCACUUACCAAAACAAUAAAGAAAUCUCAUGCUCCCAAUCAAGUUGAAGAAAAUGACACUGUUUUUGUAAGACUUCUCAAGACAUCAGGACUUAUUCUUAAAACUGGACAGAAUCAGAAUCAACUAGCUGUGGAUCAAAUAGUUUUUCAAAAGAAGCUCUUUCAGACCCUGAGGAAACAUCCUUCUUAUCCCAAAGUAAUAGAAGAAUUUGUCAAGGGCCUGGAGUCUUACAUUGAGGACAGUGAAAGUUUCAGGAACUGCCUUUUAUCGUGUGAACGUCUGCAGGAUGAAGAAGCCAGCAUGAGUACAUCUUAUUCUAAGAGCCUCAUUAAACUACUUCUGGGUAUUGACAUAUUACAGCCUGCUAUUAUUAAAACUUUAUUUGAAAAGUUACCAGAAUUUCUUUUUGAAAAACCAAAUAGUGAUGGGAUCAGCAUGCCUCGACUCAUUAUCAGUCAGCUGAAAUGGCUUGACAGAAUUGUGGAUGGCCAGGACCUCACCAUGAAAAUCAUGCAGCUGAUUAGCAUUGCUCCAGUCCCUCUACAACAGGACUUUGUCACCAGCCUUCCUGAGAUCUUGGGGGAUGCCCAGCAUGCUGAUGUAGCGAAUGAACUCAGUGACCUGCUGAUGGAGAACACUACUCCACUUACUGUCCCAAUCCUGGAUGUUCUUUCCAGCCUCCGACUUGACACAAAUUUUCUGUCUAAGAUACGGCGGUUAGUGAUGGGUAAACUGUCAUCUCUCAGACUGGAUGAUUUACCUGUGAUAAUGAAGUUUAUUCUUCAUUCUGCAACAGCCACCAAUGCACUUGAGGUAAUUACUGAACUUCGGAAGAAGUUUGACCUACACCACUUUAUGUUGCCGUCACAGUUUCUUGCCUCCCAAAACAAGUUGAAAAGUAAAGGAGGAGCAAGUUCUUCAGGAAUCCAAGAAAGCACCAGUAAAGACUCUAUCGUUCUUCUCUUUGAUGUAAUAAAGUCAGCAGUUAGAUAUGACAAAACCAUUUCCGAAGCCUGGAUUAAGGCAAUUGAAAGCAUUGCCUCAGUGGCUGAACACAAGAUUUUUGAUAUGGCGAUGCUUCUGGUCAUCUACAGCACCAGCACCCACACAAAGAAGUACAUAGAGAGGGUGCUUAGAAGCAAGAUUCGAUUAGGCCACAUUGAAAAGCAUCUGCUAGAGAAUACAUUCUGUGUUCAUGACAUGGUUCUUAAGGAUAUUUGUCCAUCCAUUCUGUCAUUGGCUCAGAGUUUGUUUCACUCACAAGACCCAAGUAUAAUUUCAUUUGGCAGUCUCCUGUAUACAUAUGCUUUUAGAUUUUUUGACACUUACUGCCAGCAGGUGACCUCCUUGCUGCAGUUAGUUCAGUCCUGUACAGAACAGUCUCCUCGGGCCUCAGCACUUUACUAUGAUGAAUUUGCCAACCUGAUCCAGGAAGGAAAGCUAGCUCCAAAAACUUUGGAAUGGGCAGGCCAGAAUAUCUUUAAUGAUUUCCAGGAUGCCUUUGUGGUGGACCUCUGUGUUGUUCCAAAAGGUGACUUUCCAUUUCCUGUGAAAGCCCUCUAUGGACUGGAAGAAUACAAUACUCGUGAUGGGAUUGCAGUUAAUCUCCUACCACUGCUGUCUUGGAAAUUUGCAGAAGAUAGUGGUCAGAUGACUUCACAGGAACCAGGGCAAAAAUUGGUGUCUGCACUGUGCCUGGCUCCCUAUUUCCGGUUGCUGAGACUUUGUGUAGCAAGACAACAUAAUGGAAACCUGGAGGAGAUUGAUGGUCUUUUAGAUUGUCCUCUAUUUCUUACUGACUUGGAGCCUGGAGAGAGGCUGGAGUCCAUGUCGGCUAAAGAACGUUCAUUCAUGUGUUCACUUAUAUUUUUUACACUCAACUGGUUCCGAGAGGUUAUGAAUGCCUUCUGCCUACAAACACCACCUGAGAUUAAGGGGAAGCUACUCACUCGGUUAAAGGACAUUGUAGGGCUGCAGGAAAUCUUGGAAAAGUACUUGGCAGUCACUCCAGACUAUGUUCCUCCUCUUGCACAUUUUGACUUGGAAACUUUGAAUGGAAUACCUCAUAGCACUUCUGCUUCAGCAAAAAACAGGAAAAAAACAAAGAUAGGAGGAAUAAAACGAAAAGCAGAUGGCAGUAAAGUAUUGUCCCCUGACAAACUUUCCAAGGAGGAUAACACAGAAUGUGACCCUGAGCUGUCUGGUAGAAGCCACCUAGACAAGGAGUCCAUUGAGAUGGAAGGAAAGAAGUCAGUGUCACUACAAAAUUACCAUGCUUUUUUCCGAGAGCUGGACAUUGAAGUCUUCUCUAUUCUACACUGUGGGCUUGUGACAAAGGUCAUCCUAGAUACUGACAUGCACACUGAAGCUACAGAGGUUAUGCAACUUGGGCCUCCUGAGCUGCUUUUCUUACUAGAAGAUCUCUCCUACAAGUUAGAGAAUAAGCUGACACCUUCUUUUGCCAAGAGAAUUCCCUUCUUCAAGAAUAAAGGAAGCUGGAAUGUUGGAUUCUCACAUCUCCAUCAGAAAUCUACCCAGGAAGUUGUUCAUUGUGUUGUUCAGCUAUUGGCCCCAAUGUGUAACCAUUUGGAGAACAUUCACAACUACUUCCAGUGUUCAGUUGCUGAGACUCAUGCUGCUGACAGGCAGGGAGGGAAAACUCAGGAAUCCCACAUAAUGUCUUCCUGUUAUCAGAAGCUGCUGCAGAUUUUUCACAGCCUUUUUGCUUGGAGUGGAUUUUUUCACACUGGAAAUCGUAAUUUGCUAUACUCAGGCCUUGAGGUCCUUGCUAGCCGGCUGAAGCAGAUAGAACGGGAUCACCCGUUGGAUGAGCUGAUCAGCCAGAGCUUCAACUACUUGCAAAAUUUCCAUCACAGCAUUCCCAAUUUCAAGUGUGGUCUUUAUCUCCUCAGACUUUUGAUGGUCCUUUUGGAGAAAUCUACAGCUCCUGCUCAGAAGAAAUUAAAAAUAGCUUCCAUGGCCAAACAGUUCCUGUGUCGGGUUUGGCCACACGGGGAGGAAGAGAAGAGCUCUGGCUUUAAUGACCAGCUCCAUGAUGUGCUUUGCAUUUAUCUAGAGCACACAGACAGUGUCCUGAAGGCCAUAGAAGAGAUUGCUGGUAUUGGAGUUCCAGAACUGAUCAACUCGCCGAAAGGUGCAUCUUCUUCCACGUUCCCUUCACUGACCCGAGACACCUUUGUCAUCUUCUUCCGAGUGAUGAUGGCUAAGCUGGAGAAGACAGUGAAAGGUCUUCAGGCUGGCACAGCAGCAGAUGCCCAGCAGAUUCAUGAAGAGAAGCUCCUCUACUGGAACAUGGCUGUUCGAGACUUCACUAUCCUCAUCAACCUGAUAAAGGUAUUUGAUAGUCGUCCUGUUCUACAUGUAUGUUUAAAGUAUGGACGUCUCUUUGUAGAAGCAUUUCUGAAGCAAUGUAUGCCUCUUCUAGACUUCAGUUUUAGAAAACACCGGGAUGAUGUUCUGAGCUUACUAGAAACCUUCCAGUUGGACACAAGGCUACUUCAUCACCUUUGUGGACAUUCUAAGAUUCACCAGGACACAAGACUCACCAAACAUGUGCCUUUGCUCAAAAAAACACUGGAGCUGUUAGUUUGCAGAGUCAAAGCCAUGCUUGUUCUUAAUAAUUGUAGAGAGGCUUUCUGGCUGGGAAAUCUCAAAAAUCGGGACUUGCAGGGUGAAGAGAUUUUGUCCCAGAAUUCCCAGAGGAUCUUAACAGCAGAAUGUGAAGAUGACAGGACAGUCCACAUCUCCCAGAGCAUGGAGGAUGAUGAACCUGAAGCAAGUGAUGAAGAGGAGCAGGGUGACGAGAGUGGAGACUCCUCUGACUAGGCUCUGGAAGACUCUGGGCUCCUUGAAACCUGCUUUGUGCCUUUGGAAUUGGAAGCAUCUUGUUUUACCCUUCAAGAGGAUGUUUUACUUCACCAACUUGUGGGUUUCGUGGUGUGUCUAACUCCAGCCAAGUUCCUGCCCAGGACUGCAGUGCACAGUCACUGUUGGUUUGGAUAAACAGUGGCAGUACUGUUUGCAGUUAGGGUUCUGGGCUUUGGGGGUUAGUAUUGAAACUGAUUUAUUGUAGAAUUUAGGUUUAUACCUGCUUUACAAAUAAAUGUUUUUCUAACUUUU